AUGUUGGAGACUCUUUAUUCUAAUCUUACGGGCAUGCCCCUAACUACAGCUUUUGCCGCCUGUGCUCAGGCAGUUAUUAUAUACUGUAUUUGGCGUAUUAUUUACCAGAUUUAUUUUCAUCCUUUGUCCAAGUUUCCAGGUCCAUGGCUGGCCGCAGUCACAUAUCUGUAUAAGUUCAGAUUAGUUGUAUCAGGGAAUCAUCACAAAAUAAUAGAUGAAUUGCACAAGAAAUAUGGGGAAACAAUACGAAUUGGACCGAAUGAGCUCUCUUGUAUCCAUCCAACCGCUCUGAAAGAUGUCUAUGGUCAUCAUCCAACUGCUCAAACUUUCACCAAGGAUCCGAGAUUGUAUUCUAGCCCACUUGGCCAGACAGAAAGCAUUGUAACCAUCACGGACAUUAAUCGACACGCUGGUGUGAGGCGACUAUUAUCCCACGCGUUUUCUGACAGAGCAUUAUCCGAGCAGGAGGAUAUUAUACAAAUGUACGUCGAUAAACUAAUGGUUAAGCUAAGAGACCAAGCCAAGCAGGGGCCGUUUAACAUUAUCCACUGGUUUAAUUUCUUUACCUUUGACAUUAUUGGCGAGUUGUCAUUUGGUGAAAGCUUCAACUGCUUAUCUCAAGGACAAAUGGACGACUGGAUUACUGUCAUUCUGGGCCGCGUCAAGGCUUUAGCUAUUGCAUGGGGAAUUCGAAGUUUCCCAUUACUAAAUAAGACGUACCAUUAUUUUCUUCCCGCUAGUCUCCGCCAACAGGGAGCGAAGCAUAUGGCAUACUCAAGAGGGAAAGUUUCCAAGCGGUUACAGUCAACGGCCGAGAGAAAGGAUUUCAUAUCGUGCCUUGAUCGGGAGGGUAUAAUUAGUUCUUUCACAGUGGAAGAAAUAUCUGCACAUACGGCAUCUCUAGUGUUAGCCGGCAGUGAUACAACUGCUACGUCUCUCUCUGGAAUUUGCUACUACCUGAGUAAAAACCCCGAGGCCUAUAAAAUCCUCGCCAAUGAGAUCAGAAACACUUUCCAAGAAGAGAAGGAAAUCACACAUCUCAGUUGUCAGAGACUAUCGUAUCUUCAAGCAGUUAUUGAAGAGGGUUUACGGCUCUAUCCACCGCUGCCCAUUGGUGCUCCCCGUCUCGCUCCUAAAGGUGGCGCGAUGAUGGGCGACAUAUAUGUUCCUGAUAAAACAUACGUAUCCGUACCAUCCUGGACAUUGACUCAUUUAGAAGCCAAUUUUCCUGAUGCAUGGUCUUUCAAGCCCGAACGCUGGCUAAGCAGGUCUAGCCCGGAUCUCAGAGAUCAAAGCCAGCCAUUUCUCUUGGGACCACGUGGCUGUAUUGGAAGAAACCUUGCUAUGUUGGAAAUGCGGCUAGUGCUUAGCAAGCUGUUUUGGAACUUCGAUUUUGAGAUAAUUAAUCGUGAUCUGAUCUGGGAACGGGACCAGACAGCAUAUAUUGCGUGGCAGAAACCUCAGUUGAUCUUUCAAUUAACACCACGUCGCUUAUAG